AUAUCUCAUAGUGCAUGAAAAAGGAGAGUCACUGGUCUUGGUUAAUUUUUGACCAAGACCAUGUCAGCUGACUCUUGGAGCUCCUAUAUAUAAAGGGACACUUCUGACAAACUGUCUGCAGCAAAGAGGACAUCAAAGGCUCUAAAGAUGCGAGGUAUCUUUGCUAGUUGUGUACUGACAGCACUGCUGCUGGCAGUAGCCUGGGCAGACCACCACCACCACCACCACCACCACGACCACCGGUCUGGACACAGCCAAGAGCAUGAGCAUAGCUGCCACCAGCUGUCAGCUCCCAAUGCUGACUUUGCCUUUGGCCUCUACAAAAGUCUGAAUGCCAAAGUUGCUGCUGGAAAGAACAUCUUCUUCUCACCGCUGGGAAUCUCCACCGCCCUGUCCAUGGUGUCUGACGGAGCUCGUGGUGAUACCCACAGCCAGCUGUUCUCCAGCUUGGGCUACAGCACCUUGAACCAGACUCAGGUCAAUGAAGGCUAUGAGCAUCUUUUCCACUUGCUUGGACAGAGUCAGGAGAGCCAGCAGCUGGAUGUUGGCAACGCUGUCGCAGUGCGCAAUGGUUUCAGUCCUCUGAAGAAGUUCCUGGAUGAUAUCAAGCAAUUUUACUCCGGUGCGAUCUUCAAUGUCGACUUUACCAAAAGUGAGGAGGCUGCAGCUGAGAUCAACCAAUUAAUUUCCAGUAAAACAAAAGGCAUGAUCAAAGACAUGGUGAAGGACUUGGACCCUGCAAUGGCCAUGGUGCUGAUCAACUAUGUCUACUUCAGAGGACAGUGGGAGAAACCCUUCGAUGCCAACAUGACACAAAAGGCAGACUUCCAUGUGGACGACACCACCAAAGUUCAGGUGGACAUGAUGAAGAGGACAGGGCGGUACGACUUCUAUCAGGACAGCGAGAACCACACCUCUGUCGUCAUGCUGCCCUACAAAGGCAACACCUCAAUGAUGAUCGUCCUGCCUGAUGAAGGCAAGAUGAAGGAAGUGGAGGACUCCAUCUGCAAGGACCAUCUCCUGCACUGGCAUGACUCACUCUUCAGGAAUAACGUGAAUCUUCAUAUGCCGAAAUUUUCAAUCUCAGCUCAAGCUUCCCUGGAAGACACACUUAAGGAAAUGGGAAUAAAAGAUGCUUUUGCAGACAACGCUGAUUUUUCUGGAAUCUCCGAGGAGGUCAAGCUCCAAGUGUCAAAGGUCUCUCACCAGGCUGUGCUGAGCGUGGAUGAAACUGGAACAGAGGCAGCAGCUGCCACUACCAUCGAGGUCAUGCCCAUGAGUAUGCCUGAAACUAUAGCACUCAACAGACCCUUCAUGGUCUUCAUCCUGGAGCACUCAACAAGGAGCAUCCUCUUCAUGGGAAAGAUCAACAACCCCACAGCUAUGUAAAGAUACCUGAGGAAUGCGUGUUACAUUUUCACACCGCAGUAGUUGUAGUAGCUUUUGGACAUUAGCUCAUUUUCACCCCAGCAUCUGAAAAUGCUGUAGACUGUGAUAUUAAGAGCACCAGGGACACGAGGACAACAGAUCAGUCAUCAUCAAGCGACACAAGUGAGUCUGUUCAUGUUCGGAAACAUCAAUUAGACAUAAUGCCAACAUGUUUCUGUACUUUUGCUGUUUCAACUUAAAGUGGAAUAAAGAUUUAUAAUGACAUGCA